UUGACUCCAAAUGUAUAAGUUUAAACAUUCAUUAAUAAUGAACAUAAUAGGUCUUCUUUCAUUUUAAUGUCUUCUUACAGGUCAACUUUGAGGCGUAUGAUGGAGUCAUCAGCUUUGUGAACGUUAAAAGUGUGCACUGGAGGUUUGUGUACAUACAUGCCCUGUCAAAAGAGAUUUUUGUGCUUGACCCUCAACGUGGCUGUGAUGAAAUGGAGGAGGCCAGACAGGCAGCACGCAAAUUUGGACAGUACUUCAAAAUGCGACACAAUCAGCAUGGAAGAGAGGACUGGGUGAACAUCCAGUGGAAACCUGCGACAAUUCAACACACAUUUCAAAGGGAUGGUGUGAGCUGUGGUGUCUUUGUGAUGCAGAUGGCCAAGAGUGUGGUUGAGGAAUUUCCAAGAAUCCCCCAAAUUGUGAAAAUCAAUCCCACAAAAAAACAGAUGUGUCAAUACAGGGGACAAAUGGCUCUGGAUAUUCUUAGAGGAUCAGUGUUGAGGGAUGAGUACUGUUCUGUGUGUGGACUUCGGGACCUUCCCCAAUCGAAAAAGACUUGUGUUUGGAUUCAGUGUGAAAGAUGCCAACGAUGGUUUCAUUUGGAGUGCCUCAAGAUUGCCAUUCCAGCAAAAGAUGUCCAGUGGUUUUGUGUGCUCUGUCUAAACCCUGCAGAUAGUCAAGCAUAAACACAUAUGCUGGAAAACACAAAACGUAAUCAUAGAGCAAAAGCAUCUGCAAAAGAUUUUUGUACAUUGAAUAAGUCUCUGUUUUGUGAUAAUGUGUGCUCCUGAUUUCUUGAAAUUAACAACCUGUAACUGAAACAGCACAUGCAAAUGUUUGUAAACCCCUAUUAAUGAUUAGUUCUCUCUUGUUUUAAUUGUAACAUUGUUGCUGCAGUGUAUGUUUAAAAUGACUACCAUUUAUUUUUUUACUUUAUUUUUUAUUUUA